AUGUUUGGAAUGAUCAGGCCCCUUCUUAUCCUUGGCCACUUGCUUCUUGCUAUAGGGAUCAGCGCCGAAAGCAAUUUCUGGCUCUUUCCAGGUCAAAAUGGCGCCAACAACGACUAUUCUGAAAAUCCCAUCCUCCCGCAAUCUACUCCUCAGCCCCUUCGAUGGAGCACAGACUUCGACGCUUAUACGAUCAGACUCUGGCAGCAGCACCUGUCGGGAAACAAAGCUACUGCAGGGGAAACCAUGUAUGCGAAGUCAUCAGAAGAUUCUGAAGUAGGCAAUUUCACAUGGACCGUCCAGACUUACUCUAUGGACUUGGAGGACUCGAACGUCUUCUUCCUCCAGGUCGAUGAUCUACAUGGUCAUAGCAUCACAUCCCACUAUUUCAACAUCACAGCAGGAGGAGUCUCGUCGUCCAUCACCACGUUAGCAACAUCUACGACAACCUCGACCUCAGUCGCAGACUCAAGCACAAGAAGCGCCACGGCUACACAGUCCUUCCCGGCCUCAACACCAAGCGCUGCGACUCAAUCACCACAGCCGCAAAACAAAGACACUGCAGUGAAGAUCGGACUCGGUGUUGGCUUGGGCCUAGGCAUACCUCUAGUACUCCUUCUUGGUGUAUACCUUGGCAUGCAAGCUAUGAAAACGCGUCAAACGGCAGGGGAAACCAUGGAUCAGUCUAUCUACAUUGGUCCUGACCCUCCAAAAUAUCCGCUAGUGGAGUACUCGCAAGCGCCUUCUAGCGAAGAGCUCCGCACAGAGCCGUCAGAACUACCAGGAGAUAGAUACAAUGCUCCGCAGGAACUUUCAUAAUGCUGGGUACAGCAGUAGGUUAUCAGUUUGACACGAAACCUUUGGUUUGUACUUAUGGUUCAUGUUCUCUUGUCAUGUCUAUAUGUGGAAAGAAAGUCAAGUAAUGAUAGAGGUGCACUUCUCUCUGAUUUAGCGCCUGUAUUUCCUUGUAAUAGAAUCUAUUAGAUCAUAACAAUCCCCCACAGCAAGCAAUGUUAGUAGCAAUCAGGGAAAAAUCAUGUACAUAAUGUCCU